AUGGCCCAACUUUCCAGCGUCUUUGGAAUUCAUUUUCAUCCAUUGAUCAAAUCUCAGUCGAAGUCUUCGCCAUUACCUGACGCAUUCUUCCAAGAGAAUCUUGAUCUUUCUACACAGGCUGGUCAGUUGUUGCUGGUGAUGAGGGCAAAGGAUAAAAAUGGCAUUGCUACCAUUCAUAUGGAUGCACUGUUCAACGAAGACCGUAAUCGAGAGAAAGAGAAAAUGCAAAACGGCGGGCUGGAUGCACAAUCUCUCGUUCGAAGUCUCCCUUAA